AUAUGUUCCGAAUAUCAGUUAUAUUUAUUUGGAUAUUUUUACAAUUGGGAUACACAAUAGACUAUAAAGUAUCAGUUUUAAUUGUUUCUGAGCCGAAUCAAGAAACUUUCAAAGAAUUGAAAGUUUCCGUUACGGCGGCAUUCGUGGAAGUUUUUGGAAGCACAUCAUAUCACUUGGGGAAUGACACUAUUUCCGCAGCUUUUGUAGAUGCAAAAAGUGGAGAUAAUCGUCUGGAAUUGACUCAGGAUAUUGUGUGCAGCCAGAUGCUCAAUCACUCAUUGGCUUCUGUUAUAUUUUCUCCAUUACUGACAUCAUCUUCAAGAUUUAUUGAUUUGGUUACAUCAUCAGCAUAUACACUUUCAUUUUACAAACUUCCAGUUGUUGGAGUAAUGGUUAGAGAUGCAGAGUUUAGUAAAAAGAAUAUCUAUCCCACAUUUGUUCGUCCAACGGCUCCACUUUCAGAUGAAGCAUUUGUAUUUCUACAUAUGCUAUUAAGCUUGAAAUAUCGACAGGUUGUGGUAUUAAGUGUGAAAAGAGAUAUAAAUGCCGAUCAAUUUGUGGAAGAGUUUGAAAAACGGCGAGUUGAAUUCAAAAUAAUUGUUCAACGUUACAUUGAGGUAGAGCUGAACGAGAACUUGAAUGACACAUUGGCUGAGAGUUUCGAGGAAGUUACAUCUAAUAUCAUUGUGCUUUUUGCAAAAAAAGACGAUGCAGUACGUAUAUUUGCAAAUGCUGGCGAUCUUACUGGAAAAGGAAAAGUAUGGAUCGUGAGUGAAAGUGCUGGUGAAGCUCAUAAUGUUCCAAAUGGAUCACUUGGAUGUCGACUCGGACAAACUGCAUUUUCAGUUUUAAGAGAUUCAUUUUCAAUUCUGAAAUCUGCCAUGGAAACUAUAUUUCGAGAAUCGAAAAUAGAUAUCUUCCCGCCAGUAGAAUGUGAUCGAGAUAGUGUAGAUGCUGAAUGGAAUUCCCUUCAAGCACCUGCUCUAUUAAAUGAAAUAUGUGGAACAUCAACUAGUCGUGUGCAUUUUAAUGAUAAAUGUGAACGAAUUGGAGUCGAAUAUGAUAUUAUUAAUUUUCAUAUGGAGAGGAAACAAGUUGGAAAUAUGGUUGGUGAUAUCCUUAGACUUGAUGAAGAUUCGAUUGAAUGGGCUGGUGGUACGAAACCUCUAGAAAUAUCUCUUCCAAAACAUCUUCGCGUGGUUACUGUAGCUGAUCCUCCAUUCGUUUAUACAACUCCAAUUGGCUCACCGUCUCAGUGUGCAGAGCUAGGAAAUACUGUAGUCGAAUGGUCGAUAUUCGAUAAAAUUGUUGUGAGUGGACCUUGGUACUCUUGCCCGUUGACUUUGGAAAAUUCAACUGAAUAUUUUUGCUGUGCAGGAUUAGCGAUUGACCUUUUAUCAAAUUUGUCACUUCCUGAGGCAAAUAACUCAAUCGAUACAAGUUUCACUUUUUCCCUCCAUCUCAAUGAAUCCUAUGGAGUUGUACAAGCCUCAGAGACAACCGGAAUAACUAUAAGUGGAGUGAUUGGCGAGUUGGAUGGUGAUACGGCUGACAUGGCAAUUGGUGGAAUUACAAUCAAUCCUGAAAGAGAGAGAAUUGUAGAUUUUACUGAACCUUGGCUUUAUCAUGGUAUCAGGAUUUUAGAGAAAAAUAUUCCCAGAGACUCUCCAAUGCAAUCAUUUCUUCAACCUCUACAAUCCUCCCUCUGGACUGCACUCUUCAUUUCUGUGAUACUUGUUGGCCUUGCCAUCUACUGUUUGGAUUUCAAAUCACCAUUUGAAAGAUUCUAUCAAGCUGAUAAGGAAAUGGAGCAGGACCUGAAAAAAGAGUUCGAGCUUUGGAUUGGGAAGGAUGCUGAUGAAAACGUGAAUUUUGGAGAAGCAAUGUGGUUUGUUUGGGGAGUUCUGUUGAACAGCGGAGUUUCAGAAAAGACUCCAAGAAGUUGCUCGGCUCGUGUUCUGGGGAUAGUUUGGUGCGGAUUUUGCAUGAUUAUGGUUGCAUCAUACACUGCAAACCUCGCAGCUUUUCUGGUUUUAGAUCAACCUGAAAAAGGUUUAACAGGAGUCACUGAUCCACGGCUCCGAAAUCCAUCUGCAAACUUUUCAUUUGGAACGGUUUUGAACUCAAAUGUCUAUCAAUACUUCAAAAGACAUGUGGAAUUAUCAUCCAUGUUUCGAAAAAUGGAACCUCAUAACGUGCGGCGAGCUUCAGAGGCUGUGCACUCUCUUCUCAAUGGUUCAUUGGAUGCAUUUAUAUGGGAUUCAACUCGACUGGAAUUUGAAGCAGCACGACACUGUGAGCUAAGAACACGUGGCAGUUUGUUUGGAAGAAGUGCCUAUGGAAUAGGAUUACAAAAGAAUAGCCCAUGGACACCUCACAUCACUUCUGCUAUUUUAAGAAUGUCCGAAAGUGGAGUUAUGGAAAAAUUGGAUCAGAAAUGGAUUGAUAGAGGUGGUCCAAAUUGUGUAGUUGAGGCUCAUAAGUCACCAGCAAGACUUGGGCUUGUGAAUAUGAAGGAUAUAUUCAUACUUGUAUCAUCGGGAGUUGCAUUGGGGAUAUUUCUGAGUUUCGUCGAGGUUUCUUAUGGAAGACGGCUAGCUGAUAAAGGGCGUCGCCGAAGAAUUGUUACCCGGUAUUUCCAAAAAUGGCAUGACCUCACACUCGGAAAAAAGCGACGUCCCUAUCGAUUGAAAUAUAAUUUAGAUCGAAUGAUUGUUAGGAGAGGAUUCUCAGGUCUUGAGCGGUGUUCAUUCCAAGAAUUACGAGAACGAAGGCAAAUUCGAGGCCUACCAACGUCAAAAGUCGAUCCAUAUUGCUUUUGGCCUGAUUUAGAUUUUAAAGAUAAACCUUUGGUUUUGUUUUGUUCAAGAUGUAGGAACAUCGUGGAAUCAGAUGUGCAUCGCGAAACGGGUCUCUUUGCUUUUCUCUCGUGUUUUCUGUUUGCAAUUCUCUUUCUGUGGCCAUGCUCUCCACUUCCUUGCUUUUUGAGCUCAUUCAGUGAUUUUGUGCACAUUUGUCCAUUGUGUUCUCAUAUUAUGGGAAGGUUUCGAAGAGCAAGAUCAACUAGAUUUUAUGUGUGAAUUUGGCAUUUCAUGCUUCUAUUAUUGCAAUCAAAUUGUAAAUAUUGUCAACUCGAAUAAACAUUUAAUUUAUUUUA